AUGCUCGCACCGAUACGUGCCCCCCUCGCCAAUCAUGACACAACUGCACCGCCCACCAACAUUCCACGUCUUGCCGCACCAGCAGCAGUCCCAGGCCUGGUUCUUGGCCUCAAAGGGGCAGUUGGCGAGUGGGCACUUGGGCAGCGUGUAGCCCGACGGCGGAGGGUAUGGGACGGUCUGCUUGGUCGUGUUGCUGCAGGGGCGGCGGUGAGAGAGGCCGACUGGACAGUAACUUAUGUGUGUUGA